CCAUUGUUCUACAAAUAUGAUAUUAUAAGGUAUCUUUUAAGUGGUCCUGUUUCGUCGUCUGCAGCUGUAUCUAUACUUUUCAUGGUAAUGAUUCAGUAAUGAGAGUUUGAAUGUAGGGAUACUUGUGAAAGGGCGAUGACAAAUUUUCCCUUUUAGAUUUGAAAGUAAAUUUCUGACAUCUAUCAAGAAAUGUAGAUUGUAGAUAGUAUGUUUGCAUUUCUAGAAUAUUACGCUAAAAAUCAUACAUUUAAGGAACAGAGAUGAACAUACGAUUUAUGACCAAGCAUGAAAACCACAUAAAGAAUAUUUUUUUCAAAGCAGAAUAGAAAACGGAUAUUCAAUAGACGUACUUGACAAGAGACACAUAUUCCUUGCGGUUGGCUGGUCAAUUGAGUUCGUUCGUGCAUGCCGUCUUUUAUGUAAGCUAUAUAUUAAGUUGUUCAUAAGGGCUUUGGGUGAUUUCCAAAACAACGCGCUCAGUCCGACUUCAAAUGUUGAAUUUACAUGGAUUCAUGGGCGUCUUGGGUUCUCUUGGUUGCAGUUGCUGUGAUUGGGUUGGACGCAGCCAUGUUGGUCGGGUUCAUGUUUUACACAGUCUUGAGAUGGUAUCGUUACAAAAAAACAAAUAAAAUCAUCAAGGAAGAAGAAUUCAUAAACUAUGAUGACACCGUAGUAAUCAAAACUGAAAAAGUUCCCGUCAUAUUUGAGUGUUCUUCGGAAAUUGGUUUGACAGAUUUCAAAAUACCGAGUUCUGUUGCCACCAUGCCGAAACCAACAGACUGCACACCGGAAGAUGUUCAGAUUUCGAUGUACACACCAAGCGAGGAUUGUUUGGAUGUGGAUAUAAAGAAAAACGAGGAAAAGGCGAAACCGAAACUGUCAUUCUCCUUACAUUUCGAUGCAGAUUCUGAAGAAUUGACCGUUUCUUUGAUUCGUGCAAGAUUCAUUACUACACAGGGAUCCAAAUUCGAAGAAUCAAACCAACACAUCACUAUAAGUGUUGUGAUCGUGCCGGAUGGAACAAUUCACCACUCUUCACAAGGCAUUGCUCCGAAUCCUCUCUUCAAGAACAAAUUCAUUUUCAGCAUCAAAGGAACAGAGCUGCAGCAAUCUAAGCUAAAAUUCAACGUCUGGAUGAUUGACAAGUACUCGAGAAAAAUGCCUUUCGGUGAAAGUGUCGUUGAAUUAGAGAGAAUAUUCAAAAGUCGACCGAUAACAACACACGGUAUUGAAGGUGUUUGGUGGGAAAUAGAGUCCAAGGACGAGCUUGCGAAUGAAACUGCACACGGUGAACUGUUAGUGUCUCUUCAGCAUCUUCCUGGUGCAGAGAAAAUCAACAUUAACGUGAUGAAGGGAAGAGAUUUAAAGUUUGAAGAAUUUGAUAAAGACAUAUACAUCAAAGUCUCGGCAUUGACGAAUGGAAAGAUAUGCAAAAACAAAAAAACUUCGUCAGUGAAAAAAACAGCUAACCCAAUUUUCAACGAGACGACGUCAUUUUCCCUAAGUCCUAAGUCGCCCUUGACGGUAGACAAUAUGGUUGUCAUAUUGUCAGUGUAUGCAUACCGGUCACGCGGUCCGCACAAGCGUCUUCUUGGAAGGCUCUACGUUGGAGAAUCGGAAAAUGCGAGCAAAUUGGGGAAGGAACAUUGGCACAAAAUGGUGGAAAAUCCAUCAAAAAUGAUUGCUGAAUGGCAGCAUUUGCAUUGAAUUUCUUCCAGACACAAGACUCUCGUGUGAAACUGCGUCAUUUCAAAGUAAAUUUUUGAUUUCUUUUGUUAUAUUCGGGUAACGAUAAAUUUUUAAUGAAAAGUCAGAAACCUAUUUCUAAAGGUUGAAUAUAAAUGGUGACGUUUGUGCAGAGGACCUGUAAGAAAACUCUUGUAUAUAAGUGCCAACCUAUCACAUCAUGGUAGUGUCACUGUCCGACCCUGCCCUGCCUUGUCCUUUUUUCUGUCCUGUCCUGUCCUGUCCUUUUUUCUGUCCUGUCCUGUCAUUUUUUCUGUCCUGUCCUUUUUCCUGUCCUGUCCAUUCCUUUUUUUCUGUCCUGUCCUCCUUUUUUUCUGUCUUGUCAUGUCUAUUUUUCUUUCCUGUCUUGUCUUUUUUCUUUCCUGUCAUGUCCUUUUUCUUUCCUGUCAUGUCCUUUUUCUUUCCUGUCCUGUCCUGUCCUGUCCUGUCCUGUCCUGUCCUGUCCUGUCCUGACCUGACCUGACCUGACCUGACCUGACCUGACUUCCAUGAAUCGCCCUGACCUGUCCUUCCAUGAACUGUCCUUUUAUGAUCUGUCCAUUCAUGAGCUGUCCCGUUAAGACCUGUCCUUUAAUGAAUUUGGCCAGCCGCAAGCUUUAAGCAAAGGCUCGACCUUCAUCUGAAGUUAGUCACUUGGGUACACGCAGAUCAUCUCCCUAGAACCACUAUUCUCAAUUUCAUCGUUAUUUACGUUACCAAAUACGUAUUUGGUACCAGGGCCUCUAUGAAAAAGGGGGAAGCAAAACGGAGAAAUCGAUACGCCUCCACAGUUUUGCCUUUUACUCCCUGCGUCACAGCCUGCGUCAGUAGAGAGAGAGUUUUGAAGAUGGCGUGUCAUUUUUUCUAGAUUUUAAAUACUUAAUCCGUUCUCAUUUUUUGGUACUGUUUUUGAUUAUGGUUUUUAUACCUUUCGAUGCAAUUGAUAUUACAUUAUUUCUACCUUGAAUAUAAAAACAAGUAGAUUUA